UACACGCCGCUCUAUGGGGCGGGGAUUCGUUGUAGCGCUGGGGGGGCUGUUAAAGGCCCCGCGUUGAGGCCGGGCGCUGUCGCCGUGCGCCAUGGCCUACCACGGCCUGGCACAGGAGUACAUGGGCAUGCCGGCCGUGACACGGGCGUACACCACGGCAUGUGUGCUCACCACCGCCGCCGUGCAGCUGGAGUUCAUCACCCCGUUCCAGCUGUACUUCAACCCCGAGCUCAUCUUCAGGAAGCUCCAGAUAUGGAGGCUGAUCACCAACUUCCUCUUUUUUGGGCCCCUGGGAUUCAGUUUCUUUUUCAACAUGAUAUUUCUGUACAGGUACUGCCGCAUGCUAGAAGAAGGCUCCUUCCGUGGAAGGACAGCUGACUUUGUCUUCAUGUUCCUCUUUGGAGGGUUUCUCAUGACACUAUUUGGUCUCUUUGCCAGCCUGUUUUUCCUAGGCCAGGCUUUCACCAUCAUGCUGGUGUACGUGUGGAGUCGCAGGAACCCUUACAUCCGCAUGAACUUCUUUGGGCUCCUCAACUUCCAGGCCCCUUUCUUGCCCUGGGUCCUGAUGGGCUUCUCCCUGCUCCUGGGCAAUUCCAUCAUUAUUGAUUUGCUGGGGAUUGCAGUGGGUCAUAUCUAUUAUUUCUUGGAAGAUGUCUUCCCCAACCAGCCUGGAGGAAAGAAGUUGCUUUUGACCCCCAGUUUCCUGAAGAUGGUAUUUGACACACCUGAAGAGGAUCCCAACUAUAACCCCCUUCCUGAGGAUCUUCCUGAAAACCAACCUGGAGACCAAGACCAGCAGCAGCGACCGCUGUAACAGGACUUUUGUGCGGCUGGAUUCCUCUCUUCUGGCUGCAAUUACGCUGUGCCCCAGAGAUCUCACUGGAAUACCACCAGUUGCCAUUCUGAUGUGUCAUGCUUCACUGUUUGUAUGGGUAACCCAUCUUCCUCUUGUACUAAGUGGAUCUGCAAAGCUUUGCAUGUAAGAACUGAUGAAUCCUUAUGAAGGUGUUGUAGGGAGAAGGGCUGGAGGUUGUGGUGGCUCCUCAGCUACCUGCUGGGGUUAAGUAUCAAAUGGGAUAUGAAACCAGUUGCUCAUUCUCUUGCUGUUAAUGGCUUGCUCUAUUGCAAGUCACUUCUGGCCUCUGUACAAAGACUAAUGCUCUCACAGUUGUGAGACAUCUUUUGGGCUUUCAGUCAAGUAGUGCACCUUGUCAUGGUGUAAGCACAGCCAAGUCUCCCAGGCAAAACCCUACCAUAGUGGAAUGCAGCUCAACUACUCCCUUUCCUCUGAGUCCUCCGCCCUUUUUCAUUGUUGUUUCCAAAGAGUCUUUACAUUAAAGUCUUUAUUUUUCA